AUGGGGAUUGACCCCGCAACCUCGGUGUUAUCAGCACCAGGUCUGACCAACCGAGGGUCAUUUCCCAGCUGGAACCGGGGACCGUUUUUGUGCAUUUCACCUGCAACCCGCACGUCCCUGUGCCCGCCGGAGCCGCUGACGGUCCCUCCCCUGCGCACAGACCCGUCCCCAUCAUCCCCAUCCCCUCCCUCCCUGCCCCGAACCGCCCGCGGGCACCUCCCCGGCCGCUGCCCCUUUACCUCGGGAGGGCAGAGCCGGGCCGGGACCCCCGAACGGGGGAAGCAGAGCCGGGCUGAGCCGGCGGGUCCCGGCCCCGCUCGGGGCAGGCACGGCCGGGCUGAGCCGCGGCCGAACGUUCAAACCGGCCCCGCUCCCGGCGGCCCCGCGGGCCCCGCGCGUUUCCGUUUCCGCGGGUUACCGGCGACACGGCCCGGCCAGCCCGGCCUGGAGCCCCACCCGAGCACGGCCUGGAGACAGUGGGUGGGCCGGGGGAGCUGCUGGUGCCCAGAAACCUUCACGGGGAGAAACCGCUUGGGCUUAAUUACAGUGCGUGGGAGCCGCGGGGGAGGCACGGCAGGGGCGCGGUCACUGCCUGAGCUCGCCGUGCCAAGAAAACCGAAAAGAAAGAUCCAGAAGAAGGAAGGAAGAAUCCCAAAGAAUCAGAGAAAUCUCCCAGUCCUUUGAGCUCUUCAGUCUCUUCUUCAGUCAAUGAUUGUGUGUAUGUGCAAUCCCAAAUAAAACCUCUGGCUGACUCAUCUA